GGUGGAGGUUGCAGUGAGCCGAGAUUGCACCACUGCACUCCAACCUGGGUGACAGAGUGAGACUCUGUCUAAAUAAAUAAAUAAAUAACAUUCUGAAACUCAGCAGCUUACAACAACAAGUAUUUACUAUAUCAUGCUGAUUCUAAGGGUUAGGAAUUUUGGAAUGGCUUUGCUGGGUGUUUCUAACUCAGAGUCUCCUGCAGGCUGCAGUCAAGAUGUUGAAAUGGCACUACAUUAUCUAAAGGCUUGCCUAGGGCUGAAGGAUCUGUUUCCAAGAUGGCUCACAUGGCUCUUGGCAGGGGCCUUAGUUUUUCACUAUGUGGGUCUCUCCACAGGCAGUCUGAAUGUCCUCACAGUGUGGCAGCUGGCUUUCCCCAGAGCGAGUGACCUAAGAAAGAGCAAGACAGAAAAGCCACAGUAUCUUUCAUAGCCUCAUCUUGAAUAGAGGUUGUAUUCUAUUGAUCACAUAGAUCAGUCAUGACACAGUGUUGGAGAAGACUACACAAGGGCAUGGAAACCAGAGGCAGGAAUUACUGAUGGGCAGGAAUCUUGAAAGAAGCUGGCUGCCACAGUGAUUGCCUUUUAUGCAUCGAUUCUACCUCCUCCUUUCUCCAAGUCACUGUAGUUAAGCUUCUGAGAACCAGGCUUAAGGAGCCAGUUUGAGAUUGGUUUAAUGGAGAUUUGGUUUAUGAAUCUUAGGAUGAUGUUGAAGUAGACCAAGAACUGUGUAAAUAACUUUAGUUGGAAAAAUUAAUACUGUACAUUUCCACUCCAACCCCGAAGAUCCUAGUGGGACCAUGGAUCUGUUUGGAGAUAUAGAAGACAUUUCUUCUGAGAGUGAUGAGGGCAAUCAAUCACCUAUUCCAGGACAGCCGGUUGAUGAACAUGGAGUGCUUCAGGACCAACAGGAGGAAGAGCCAAUUUCUGAAACCAUAAUAGAAACGGAAAUUCCCAGUAUCAACUCUGAUUUAGGAAAUGAAUUGUAUUUUGUUAAACUACCCAAGUUUCUCAGUAUAGAACCCAAACCUUUUGAUCCUCAGUUUUAUGAAGAUGAAUUUGAAGAUGAGAAAGUGCUUGACGAGGAAGAUAGAAUCAGGUUAAAAUUAAAGGUAGAAAAUACUGUAAGAUGGAGGAUACGACGGGAUGAAGCAGGAAAUAAAAUUAAAGAAAGCAAUGCUCGGAUGGUCAAGUGGUCAGAUGGAAGCAUGUCCCUGCAUUUAGGCAAUGAAGUGUUUGAUGUUUACAAAGCCCCACUGCUGGGCAAUUACAACCACCUGUUUAUAAGAGAAGACACUGGUCUGCAGGGACAAGCCGUCUUUAAAUCCAAACUUACCUUUAGACCUCACUCUACAGACAGUGCUACAUAUAGAAAGAUGACCCUGCCACUUGCUAAAAGAAGUUCUAAGACACAGAAAAUUAGAAUCUUACCUAUGGUGGGUUGUGAUCCUGAAGGCCAACACACAGAAGUGAUGAAGGAAGAACGCUUGAGGGCUUCCACUCACCAGGAGUCUCAGGAAAUCCAUCUGCAGGAGAAGCAGAACCAGCAGGGGCCAAGUGUCUCCUACCAGGACCCUGGCAGUGAUGAUGUGGAGGAGGAAGGCAAGGACACCUUCAGCCUGGCUGCCAUUAAAAACUAUUACCAAGGUGAACUCCAAGAAAUGCAGGCAAAGUGCCUACCAAAACAGGAUUCACAGAAAAGCACAACUGCUGAAGCCUUGAAAAGGCUGGUACCCCUGCCAUGACAUUUAUGGACAUUUUCUGUAUAGCUCCUGGAAGGACAGCUGCUAGAAUCACCUGCCUCCUGGAGGGAGGUUACAUAACAGAGCUGGUUGGGUCUAUAAAUUCAUUCGUGGGAUUCUGGGAUUUGUUAAGGUAGUUUCCAAGGAAAGGAAAAAUGGAGCACACUUCUGGCUUACUUUAUGGUUAUUUAGAUACCAGUGUAUUGUAACUGUCAGAAAGUCCAUAUUUUACUACUUAUUUAUUCACUUAAUCCAGUUUUCUUAAGUACCUAUUGUGUAUCAGGCAUGGUUUUAACAGUGUUGGGAUUCAAUAGUUGGACAUGGCUCCUGCCAACAACAUGGUCCCUGCCCUCAAAAAGCAUAUAGUCUUUGUAAGUAAGACUAUUACAUAUAACUAAUUUUUUGAGUAAAAGGCAAUUUAAAAAAUGUGACAAAUGCUGUCAUAAGUAGAGGACAUAUGGGCACACCUGCUUAAGAUAUAUAACAAUGAUGAACUCAGAAACUCAAAUAUCCACUCAACACUGGAGAAACAGGCCAGGGUUUCUGAGUGGGAAAUGCCUACAACCCAAAUCCCAUCACAGACUAAAUCAGAACCUCUAAGGAAAUGCGCUCUGUCAGUUUUGUGUAGUGUGUUUUUUGGCAAGUUAGUUAACUUCUUUGAGUCUCCACUUAUCCUGUACUAUAGGAGAACAAUAGUAUCUAUACCUCGUGGUUGCACAGCGCACUAAUGACAACACAGUAAACAUUCAACAGAGUACUUAGCUUCAUUAUCCAUCAAAGUAGGGUUAUGUGAUGGUCCCGAGGCCCUGGUCAACCAUUUUUUGGGGGUGAAAAAAGCCAUUUUAAGCCAAGAACCUAUGUGUUUUUAAAGUUCUCCAAUUAUUUAUGAAGUCUAGCUAGCACUUCUUUAUGAAGUUCUCUUAAAACACCGCUCUAAGAAGCAAAAUUAAAGGCUGGAAGGAAAAAAAUAGAAGCUAACUAGUGAAGCAAUACUAAAACAAUUAGCAUGACUUUGCAAACUACAUCUGGAAUCAACAAUAUACCAAAACACACCAAUUUUCUCUUUUCAAAAGCUAGCAGCUAAAAUCUCCUCUGGAGAACCACUGUCAUUUUACAAAGGACAGAAAGGGUCUGAGCUAAUACUUUCCACAGUGAUCUGGAUUAAAGGAAUGAAGUGCUAUUUUUUUCCUGCUCCAGAAACUUUUACAGAAUGCAAACUCAAAUAUGGCUGAAGCUUAAGAGAAUGACAACACUUUGAAAUAUCACUCCUUUUGAGUUUUCUUUUACUUCUUGUCUAAAAGGCAUCUCUAAAAAUACUUCAAUGGCAAACAUCCUAAAUUUAAAAUAGUCAACUUUUGGUAACAUGUAGAAAUAAAAUUCUAAGCACCAUAUUUUUUAAUUCAGCUUUGGCUGGACAGUCUAUUUCAAAUGCAAGCCACAAGCCUCAAGCAAUUAAAUAGAAAACAUAGAAUGAGAGAUUACUGACCUAGAUGUAUGCAGUGAGAAGAUAGUUCCACAACAGUCCUGUUAGGAAGAGUAGCAAACACCUACAUACCAGAUUAUAAAACCUGGGUAAGAACUACAAUUAUUCUCUAUUUUAUAUAUUUCUUUUUCUUUUUUUUUUUUUUUUUGAGACGGAGUUUC